AUGUUGAACUCCUGUAAGAAUGGUGCUUGGAUAUUGGAUGCCCUGCUAGCACUAGCUAUCCUAGGUGAGCCACUUUCGCCUAUGUCCGACAGCCGAGCAAAGGGUCUACACUACACCGUGAAAGACCGCAGAUCCGGGUAUGCAUGCCUCAUCUGCGGGCUUGCUGGUGACAUCCGGAUGAUCCGAUCGGAAGAAUGCCUCCCUGGCAAGGUUAGCCCUGAAAGGAUGGAUAUGGACCCCACGACGAAGAGCAUUCAUAGGCAGACCCAAAUCGAGUUCGAUGAGAAGGUGGCACGCGAGAUGGCCAAGGAGCUUGAACAGCUUCAAGCUCAGGCUGUUGAGCUCGAGCAAAUGAAGAUUUUACACGAUCUUGAGAUGGAAGAGCUUCAGCUGGAGGGGUUGUUUCAGCAACAGAGGGCUUUGAAGCUACACGAAGCAGCUACUUCAGCAGCAGCCCACAAAGUUGCACCCCCGAAAAGCCCCGAAGUUGCAGCCCCAAAAAGCACCGAAGUUGCAGCCCCCAAAAGCACCGAAGUCACAGCCCCCAGAAGCACCGAAGUCGCAGCCACGACAAGCACCGAAGUCGCAGCCCCCAGAAGCACCGAAGUCGCAGCCCCGAAAAGCACCGAAGUCGCAGCCCCCAGAAGCACCGAAGUCGCAGCCCCGAAAAGCACCGAAGUCGCAGCCCCGAAAAGCACCGAAGUGGCAGCCCCGAAAAGCACCGAAGUGGCAGCCCCGAAAAGCACCGAAGUCGCAACCACGGAAAGCACCGAAGUCGAAGCCCCGGAAAGCACCGAAGUCACAGCCCCGGAAAGCACCGAAGUCACAGCCCCGGAAAGCACCGAAGUCGCAAAGCCCAAAGUUGAAGCCACGAUGCUGGUGUCAGCGAGCAUGGACAAUAUGGAGACGCAGCCGAUGCUCUUGGAUAUCAAUCCCCCACUAGCUUCUACCUCGGCUUCGAUCGACAAGGCUACGGUCCCUGCAGAUGAAGCCCCAGCAGAGGUUGAACCGUGCCCGGUGAAGACCUUGCCUGCCAUCAGCCCAGCCGACCAGACGAAGAAGUCAGGCGCAGUUGCGAAUCCGAAGAGUCGUGCCAAGGGCAAGAGGCCUCAGUCCGAUGACGAUGCAGAUGAUGAUGAGCAUGAUUCGGAUGCAUGUAGCAGUGGAGGGAAAACAAAGGGCCGGGGAAGGGGCCGUGGCCGUGGCAGAGGAGGGAGGGGAAGGGGCCGUGGACGUGCUAGCACGCAGCCUGUGCACUCCCCAAGAAACAGUUCCACCAAACGAGCUGCAGACAAGGAUGAGCCAAAGAAGGAAAGCAAGGCCAAGCAAGUUGCAGACAAGGAUGAGCCAAAAAAGGAAAGCAAGGCCAAGGCUAAGAUUGCAGAGGAGCCAGCACCGGCUGCCAAAGCACGAGCGAAAGCAAAAGCGAAAUCCAAGGCAAAAGCAAAAGCAUCCCCGAAAACCUCCAAAGGUGGUGGUGCGAAGAAGGAUCCGGAGCAGGAGGUUGCGCCAAAGGCAGCCCCCAAAAAGCCACGUUUGUCAGAGGAGGAGGAGAAGAAGCGCAAGUCACGCAAAAGUGUGGCUUAUCACAAGGCAAAGACCGAAGCCAUGAGGACUGAGAACGGCUACAGUGUGGCCAGCUAUGACAAAACGCGCGGCCAUCCAAUGGACUUCUGUUCCAACUGUGGCUUUGUGCUACCAAGCAGACACAUCGACAAGUCAGGGAAAUCCUGCUUCCGGGGCAACAAGGCAGAGCUGAAGCAAUCCGGGAUCCCAGACAGCUGGUCGCUGGUCAUGGAGAGCUUCGUCAAAGAAAUGCAGGCUGCCAAAGCUCGGAUUGCUUCAUUGCAAUCGGCCCUCUCACGGCCCGCCAGCACACUGGUUGAUGAGCCUGCAGUCCCAGGUGCCCCGGCGACAGCUGUGUCGUUGCCUGGGAAUCCAUGUGAUGUGGCCGGGAAAGUGGUCAGAAAUCUUGGAAGCUUUCAUGUGAGCAGCCAGGAUGCCCAACGUGACCCCCUCUAUCAUGCCGAUAGUGACAGGACCCUCAUGCUUCCUGGCACGCCGCCUGCGAAAUCCAAAGCCUCGCCCACCAAGCCCAUGAUGUCAGUGUCUUUGAAGAAGGGCAAGGGAACUGGAGAUGCUAAGACCCCUAGCAGGGGUCGCUCUUCCGACGGCCACCGCAGCCGUCGGCAUCACAGCCAUCGGCGUCACCACGAGCACAGCUCCAGCAAGCACGGAUCCAGCUGCAGGAAGAAGCUUUUAUCUUCCCCGGCCCACGAUGACGAGGGCAGCAGCGACGACAAGAAAUCCACGGCCAGUUCGGCUGUUCGAAAGAAGCUUCACCAGCUGCUCAAACAGAAUGGCGAUUUCAAGGCCAUGGAACUGCAGGUGAAGAAGGUUCACAAGGAGGAGGAAGCCCGGCUCAUUCUGAAUGACAACUUUGAGAUGUUGGAUGAGACCGGCGAGGAAGUUGUGCUCAGCGGCUCAAUGGAGCUCGAGGAUGAGUCGGGCUGGUUGCUCGAGGGCGGCCUUCCAUCGAUCAACGGCCCUGUCAACGAGAUCAUGAACCACCCAUCUGCAUCCUCGGGGGCUGGGCAUGAGGCUGUGGUUGCAGGUUCGGCUGCAUCGUUUAAGAUGGUGUUUCCGACUCUUGCCCAGAACUCCUCUCCCGUGACAAUCUUGGCAAGUUUCGUUGAUGUCUGCGGGCGCAAGAUCGACCAGUCCGAAGAGCUUCAUGGCCAGAUCAAGAACAUGGUGGAUGACAUGAAGAAGGCCUACCAGUUGUUGACAACGAAGCAGGCCGAGAGUGUUACAACGGCUCCCGACAAGCCGUCCUUCAACGACGAGCUGCUUCGAACGUUUGCCGAUGUUACGAAAAAGGACGUGAUGAUGAACAAUUUCCUGCUACGUGCAAAGCCGAUGGUCAAGUCGGUGAAGCUCGCCAAGACUCCUGGCGGUGGCAAACCCAAGAAAGAGAAGAAGGAGAAGAAAGCCAAGAAGGAGAAGGGUGCACCCAAAUCCGCCCCGAAGUCCAACAAGAGGGCCAAGACAGUUAUUUGGGUCGAAACAAUGCACAUCCGCAAGCUGAUGGUGAGUACCGGCGGCGAUGAUGACCUCUCCGACUUCGACGAUGACUUGGCGCAGGAGCUGUUUAUGGGCUUUGCCAACGGGGCUGAUUCUGCUAGACGUGUUGUACGAUUGGCAUGUGUCGCCGACACCAAGCUUCGGAGGCACAGCUUCACAUCUCGGCUUUUGUACACCGUCGUUCCAUCAGAGCUGUAUGCCUCGAACACCAUCGACAAGCUGCACGAGGCAAUGGUUCGGGAUAUGCGGACUUUAUACUAUGAUGGCAUUGAAGCUGCCUGGCUCCACUUAUUUGCUGUCAUAUGA